AGUUAGUUGUAAACACACUCCACAGCUGUUCCAGACGUAAUUAACCAUUUGGAUCAGUUUGAGAUUUAUUCACGGAUGUUUAGAAAAAUUUGAAGUGUAUCUUGAUCAAGCUAAGCUACUGACAGCCAGCCAUCAAAUAUUUUAGUGGAAUUAUAAAAACGACAGAGUUCGACCUCCUUCACUGCAGCAACCAGAGCAGUCAGCUGCCAGUUACUUCCUAGUGCAGUUCGUUCUUCCUCUGCUGCAUCUUAUUAUAUAUUUCUGUACAUUAAGUUAAUUAAUUAUCACCAUGCCAGACAGGACUAAAGUUUUGGUUGGUGCUGGAGUAGUAUGGGGAAUUACAAUUUGCUGUCUUUUAAUCAGAAGAAAGAUUCCAAGUCCCACAGCAUUAUUAAAUUUCAUCCCAGCAAUUCUUUAUCGAAGCCAGAAAAUGGAAAGCGAUGAGGAUCAAAAAUGCAACAGCAAUGAGGCUGGAAAAUCCAUAGAUAUUCAAGGUCGUUCGCAUCCUGAUACAGAGGAUGACAAUGCAUCAAGACAACAACGAGCACAGAACUUUAUGCUAGGUGGUAUAACUGGAGCGUCUCCACCAAAAUUCGUAUCCCUGGAAGAGAUCCUAAAGGCAGCUAAUGGCAUGAAGAACAUGGCCCUGGCUCAUGAAAUUGCAGUGGACAAAAAUUUUCAAUUGCAAAAACUCGAGCCAGAUGAAAGUACGCUGCACAGCAGAAUAAAAGAAAUUAUGCACAAAGCUUUUUGGAGUUUACUGGCUGAACAGUUAUCGGAGGAGCCACCUAGAUACGACCAAGCUCUAAUUUUAUUAAAAGAAAUUAAAGAGACGUUGGACGAGCUCGUGUUACCACAUCAUACCAAAAUUCGAGAGAAUAUUAAAGAAGUCCUAGAUGUAGACCUCAUAAAGCAGCAAGCUGAACAGGGCGUAUUGGAUUUUCAUCACUAUGCUCAGUACGUCAUUUCUAUUAUGAGCAAAGUAUGCGCUCCGGUACGAGAUGACAAGAUGAUAGAAUUAAAACAACGCACGGACGUGAUAGAGACAUUCAAAGGUAUCAUGGAGACACUACAACUGAUGAGACUCGACUUGGCCAAUUUUACAAUCACUAUGAUGAGGCCGAAUAUCAUAGCUUCAAGUAUUGAAUAUGAAAAAGCAAAGUUUGCCGAGUUUCUGAAGGUUCAGACAGAUGGUUUACAGUACACCAGAAAAUGGAUACUCAAGCAUUUGGAUUUGGAAAAAAUAUCUACCACCUCUUCGGAUGUCAAUGCCAUCAAGCAAAUUACUCAUUGUCUCCUAGCUGAAGCAUACUUGGAUCUUCUUGAAUGGGAUUUCAGUCCUGAGGCAGAGACUUUAAUGCUGGACCAAGGAAGACUAUUAGAACUGCGAGAUCGAACCUGCAGGUUGAGUAUUGUUGGCUCAGUAUUACUCUUAGUGAAUAACACAGUAGGUGCUCCUAUACAAGAGGUCGCCAGUUUCAAGAAUAAUAUCAAGGAGCAUAUGGCUGUACUCUUAGAUACAGUACAUUCGAACAAAGACUUGGAAGGAGUUAUGCCAAAUAUAGUAUUACAAGUAAAAGCUGAUGUUAAGACGACAUUACAGGAAGUAGGGGCACCAGAUUUGCAACCAGCAUUGGAAACACUACUAGAAGGUCAGAUUUUGGAUCUUUUGAAAUCAGAUCACAAAAUCAGACAUCUAGUCAGUUUAAGAAUUCGACAGUUCUUACAGAAAAUCAUAUUAUCCCAAUCAGCUGCUCCACAGCAAAUACCACCUGGUCUGUCUUCGCUACAAGAAGAACUGGCAGCCAUAGCUGCACAAUUUUUAAUUCUCGUGGCGCAUAACAGAAGUGUCUUUGGCGAGUAUUACCAAGAAAUAGUAGCUAAUGCAAUAGCUGAUAAAAAUCGCGAAACGGAUAACCAAGAGGUAAUAGCGUAGAAUUGAACAAAUAAGUCUUACAGCCAACUGAUUAACUUCCACUGCAAGUGAUAUGAUUAUGUCUGAUGAUUAUUCAUUACUGAGUAAAACUGUAUGCUGAUCCUCAUUCAUCGUUUAAUUUCUUACAUGAGAUUAUAAGGAAUAUUUUGUGGUUUUGCUACGCUGAUUAAGUCUUGACAUAUCAUGACAAUUAGUUUUAGUUAACCAAAUCAUCCAUGGCGUGUAGUAUUUCAACCAUCUUUGUGCUGGUGCUAUUAAACGACGUGGAUAAGGAUCUUUCCAUUUCUUUCUUUCAGUAUAACUAAACUUGAAAGUAUAUUAUUCAAACAGCACAACUGCUAUGUUGGUCAAAGGAUUGCACGAGAAUCACAAUGUAUAAACUAUGACCUUUGUACGGUUUUCUAUACAAGAAACUUUUGAUAGAUAAAUAUUUUAUAGAUCAUUAAUUCAGAUGAUACUGAAAGAAUAUCCUUCCUGGAUUAUACAGUAGCGAUAUUGUUUAUGGCAGUGUCUAUUUAAUAUAUGCACAUCUAGAUUCCGUAGAACUGUGCUAACUCCAGAAUUUUACGAGAUUCAAAUGGAUACGUAAUUUAAAAGUAACUAACUAGCCUGUGGUAUGAAUUCUUAUUGUAAUUUUAAAUUACUGAAUAUGCAAUAUUACUAGUCGAUGAGCUAAGAAUGAAUUACUAUUGGGACUGAGCUUUCUUGAAAUUACCCAUAGGGACAAUACAAUUAUUAUUGUACCAUUGUCCUGUAUUGCUAAUGAAAACAGUUGUGGAUAGAACAACUUUAAACUAAUGAACUGUACAGUGAAACAUAAUUUUUGUACCUAUUAACGAACUAGUAUAAUAAACAUUUACGAAAAAGAA